AUGUGGACUGUAUUUUACAUUGUUAAUUCUUAGGGUAAUCUCACAUGUGGACAUAGAUGUUUGCAAAUUUGUGUUUCUCUUACAUUACUUACAUGUCGUUCUUGUGAAUUUCAUCGGUGUGAUCGAUUUCGGUUAUUCCAAGGCCAUGCGUCUGGAGUUAGUACGUAGUACUAUCUACUGUGAUAACACCAUUUUGACACUGUCAUAUCCUGAAGGGGGUUACAUGCUGUGUAGAAUUGCAUGCAUAAUUGGUUUGACUUAGUGGUUAACCAUUAAAGUUGAGCACUUUUUCAUCAAUGAAAAGUCUAUACCGAAGUGGUUUACUCAAGAAGUCAAAUGAUAAUGGGAGACUCGUUGCAAUUACAAUCAUGGCAACGAUCUUUGGAUACUUCAUUGGUGUUUCUUUUCCAUAUAUUUCUUUUACUAAGAUUAACUUCCCUCCAAGCAUUCGUUCACCAUUUGAUACAACAAUGCAUGGAGAUAACUCGAAAGCUCAAGAACGCAGUUUCCCUGAAAAUCUUGGUUCAUCUAAUACACCUGAACUACCUAAGAUAUAUGUUCCAACAAAUCCUCAUGGAGCAGAAUCAUUGCCUCCAGCAAUUGUAGUUACAGAGACUGAUUAUUAUUUGAGAAGAUUAUGGGGUGAACCCUCAGAGGAUUUGAAGAAGAAGCCAAGGUAUUUGGUAACUUUCACUGUUGGUUGGAAUCAGAGGGAUAAUAUAGAUGCAUCAGUAAAAAAGUUUUCGGAUGAUUUCCAAAUCAUGCUUUUUCACUAUGAUGGAAAAACAACAGAAUGGGAUCAAUAUGAAUGGGCAAAAAAGGCAAUUCAUGUCAGCAUAAGGAAACAAUCCAAAUGGUGGUAUGCAAAGCGAUUUUUGCAUCCAGAUAUCGUAUCAUCAUACGAUUACAUUUUCAUUUGGGAUGAAGAUCUUGGUGUUGAACAUUUCAAUGGGGACAAGUAUAUACAAUUAGUUAAAAAACAUCAAGAGGCGAUAAAGAAGUUCACAAAGUUACAGAUGAAAAACCAGGAUGGUGCAGCGAUCCACAUCUACCCCCAUGCGCAGCAUUUGUAG